AUAGUUCCUCGGUUUGGGACGUGUUUCCUUUCGGUGAUCGGUUCUUAUUUCACCAGCAAGAACUUUUUGUUCUGUUUCCAAAAAAAAAAAACGGCUUACUGUGAUUUUUUUUAUUGAAAAUAUUAAUUGUGUGUCGAAAGUGAGCCAACAAAAAAAAAUGUGGAAAACUGUGGCGAUGUGCGUGGCCGUUCUGGGCUUUGGGUCUUGGGUCAGUGCGACCACGAAACUGCAGGAACGCUACAACUGGAGACAGCUGGAUUUCGUGUUCCCGAACCAACAGUUGAAGCAGCAAGCUCUGGCCAGUGGGGACUAUGUCCCAACCAAUGGACUUCCGGUCGGAAUCGAACGUUGGCAGAAUAAACUGUUUGUGUCCGUACCGCGGUGGAAGGAUGGAAUUCCUGCAACGCUCAACUACAUCGAUAUGAAUCAAACACCGUCGGGUUCACCGCCACUGAUUCCGUACCCGGACUGGGCGAGUAACGUCGCCGGGGAUUGCGAGAAUGGCCUCAACACAGUUUAUCGUAUCAAAGCAGACAAAUGUGAUCGCCUGUGGCUUCUGGAUACCGGAACCGUUGGCAUUGGCAACACCACACAGCAGCUCUGUCCGUACGCUUUGAAUAUCAUUGAUCUGAAAACUAAUCGCCGUCUUCGUCGCUAUGAACUUCGCGCGGAGGACACCAAUCCCAACACUUUUAUAGCCAAUAUUGCGAUUGACAUGGGCCGUAGCUGCGAAGAUACAUUUGCGUAUAUGUCCGAUGAGCUUGGCUACGGAUUGAUUGCUUAUUCGUUCGAACAGAACAAGUCCUGGAGAUUCGCUCACAGUUUCUUCUUCCCGGAUCCUCUACGGGGAGAUUUCAACAUCGCCGGUUUGAACUUCCAGUGGGGUGAAGAAGGAAUCUUCGGAAUGUCUCUAUCACCACUGCAAGCUGAUGGGUUCCGAACAAUGUAUUUCUCUCCAUUAGCGAGUCACCGUGAAUUUAUGGUGUCCACCAAGACGCUUCGGGACGAAAGCCGUGUAGAGGAAAGUUUCCAUGAUUUUCAAUAUCUCAAAGAACGUGGCCCAGAUGCUCACACAACAUCGCGCGUCAUGAGCGAAAAUGGUCUUCAGCUGUUCAAUUUGAUUGAUCAGAAUGCGGUUGGUUGUUGGCACUCGUCUCUGCCAUACAGUCCGGAAUACCAUGGAGUGGUGGAUCGAGAUGAUGUUGAAUUAGUGUUCCCAGCUGAUGUCAAGAUCGAUGAGCAAGAAACCGUUUGGGUUAUUUCUGACCGGAUGCCAGUCUUCCUUAUUACCGAGCUGGAUUACAGUGACAUCAACUUCCGAAUUUUCAGUGCUCCACUUAGCACCCUAGUGUCGGGAACCGUAUGCGAUACUCAACCCACUUUUGGUCCAGGUGCGGUACAGCCCAAGUUUGGUGGUUCUGAUUCGUCCGAUACUUCUUUAGUUCAAACAUCGUAUACACAACCUAUCAGUUACACUCCAACGAGCUAUACUCCCACCCCAAUCAGUCCUGAAACCUACUCCACAGUGGCCAUCGAAACUCCGUCCUCGCACAUGUAUUCCUCUCAGCAGUACCCAACGACUGCCAAGGACUAUCAAUACAACAAGUACCAUAACGUGCACUACCAUGCCCACGGAAAUGGACACGCUGCGGGGUACCACCAUCAGCACUACCACGGAGGGGAUCAUGAUCACUCGGGCUACUAUCCUGGACAUCGCUACUGGGGCAGUUCGGGUGGCAAAAAGCAGGAAUCGCUGAAACAAUACUUCUACUACAAGUAACUUUCGACACUGUAAAUAACUUAAAUAGAUAAAAUGCCGUAGUUCAUCUUCGGCUACUGUGUGAAAUAGAUAAAUUAUUUGUAAAGCAGAUAGUCUUAAUAAUAUUAACAGUAGGAAAAGUGAAAUUUAAAUAAAUCAAAACAUUUAAAAUAGAAACAAG